UCUCUUCAACCUCACCCAUCUCCCUCCUCAUCACUCUUUUACUACACAACAACACCACAUCUCUCUCUCUCUUUAUCUCGAUAUGUCUCGUCUCCCUCCAGUCUGCCUCCCCCUCAUGGAGGACAAAACCCCUCCUUCCGAGUUAACCCCGACUCGACUCGGUUUCCCCACCGAGUUCCCUUACGAGUUCGACUCUCCAGCUUUCACCUCUCCCGGCGACUCCACCGACGAGAGCAGCGACGACGAAGAAGACUUCCUCGCCGGGUUGACUCGCCGACUCGCUCCCUCGACUCACCGCCUCCCUCCUCCCUCCGAAGUGAAGCGUCAGGUCGCAGCUACCUCGCCGCAGUCGACGCUGAGCGGACUCGGAAGCUACUCCAACUCGGGAAGUAGAAGCCCUGUUCUCCCACCUUCUCAGGCUCAUACGGCGUCGUUCCGUAGAGACAGUGUCUUGGACGUGAUCUCUGCCGCGGCAGGAGAAGUAGCGAGACUCAAACUCGGAAGCUACGACGAGCCUCACCACCACUUGCCCCGCCAAAACGCUGCGUUUCAGAGCGACCGCUAUAUCCAGCAGCAGCGUAUCCUCCUUCACCAGAUGUGGCUCUCUUCUCAAGCAAGAAUCAAGUCCUCGGUGACCGAAGAGCUCGCAUUUGAAAACCUUAGACAGAUGAAGCAUAGUGCUUUAACCAACGCCGCGUUGAUGCGUCGUCAGCACGCCGGAGGAGCUCCUCCGAAACGUCCUUCUGCCGGCACCGGAGUUUUCCUUCCCCGGCGAUACCCAACAACCGCCCCUUCAGAGCCCAUCAAGAAACCAGUUCCAGUCAACACAACGGCUAUGUUGCGGUCAAAAGUAAACUUUGAUGAGUUCAUCGAUAUUAAGACAAGACACAGUCAGUUCGAUUACGAGUGCAUGCUAGCAAGAAGUAGACUACUUGCUCGUCAGGGAAACUCCAGAGCAGUUCGUUGUCUGAAUCAAGAGAGACGUCUUCCUCAGGACUGGAUGUACUGAAACUGUUUGUUUUGUUUAAGGAGGAGCCUAGUUAGAAGUUGUUUGGUGGUUUUAGGUUAUAAACUGUGAUUGUUAUGGUAUGGUUAUUACUAGUGAUAAGGAUGUCGAAAUCCAAAUAAAAGUUAGGGGAUAUUUACAAGUGUGUUACAUUAGUAUAAUACUAUUGUUAGUCACUUGGACAAAAGCUCUCUGUAAUUUUCUUUUUUGCUGACCUUGGGAGGGUUCAAGGGAGUUUUGAGUGGAGUGUUGUACUAUUAUUUUUCACUUUAGUCGACAUGUUAAGUUUCAAAAUGUGUUGGGUGGGGUAUUUUUGUUAUUUGUUGUAUUAAUUUCAUAUUUUUCUAAUGGGGUUGUAAUAAAAACACUUGAAUUAUUUUGUUUAUUUUUAUAAUUAUGAAUUGGACUUGUUAA